AAACGCGCAAAGCGUCAGUGCUCGGUCGACCAGCAGGCGUGUCGACGCGGGCUCCACGCGCUCUCACAAAAUGGCGCAGCUUCUCAUUUACACACACUUUCUAACGUUUAUGGCUGUUGCAUCGGCACAGGAUUACUACCACACGCCAAGGAUAGGUUCACAGGACUUAGCGACCUGUUAUAACAUCGACGGACAACCUCAAAGAUGUAUACCUGAGUUCGAAAAUGCAGCUUUCAUGGUACAAAUGGAAGCUACCAACACGUGCGGUGAUAAUGGCUCCAAAAUGUACUGCAUACAGACAUCUGCUGGUAGUUCCUCUGGUACAAGGUCUUGUGACUUCUGUCAGUCUGGUCAGUUCUCAAGCUACUUCCUAACUGAUCUACAUUAUGAACAGGACAAUCAGACAUGGUGGCAAUCAGAAACUAUGAAGGAAGGGAUCCAGUAUCCCAAUCAAGUGAAUCUCACUUUACAUUUAGGAAAAGCUUACGAUAUCACCUACAUACGGAUAGUGUUUUACUCGCCGAGGCCGCAAAGUUUCGCUAUUUACAAGAAAAGAAGCGAAGAUUCAGAUUGGGAACCGUACCAAUAUUACAGUGCAUCAUGCCGUGACACGUAUGGAGUACAAGAACAACGCGCUGCGGAUAUGGGUGCAGAGACUAGAGCACUGUGCACGAGCGAAUAUUCUGACAUCUCCCCACUGUCAGGUGGUAACGUUGUGUUCUCAACUUUGGAGGGUCGACCCUCAGGGUAUACCUUUGAGAGCAGUCCAGAAUUACAGGAAUGGGUGACAGCUACUGAUCUUCGUAUAUCUUUGGAUCGCCUAAACACAUUUGGAGAUGAAAUCUUCGGGGAUACCCAAGUGUUGCAGUCGUACUGGUACGCCAUCGCUGACGUGUCUGUCGGCGCGCGUUGUAAAUGUAACGGCCACGCCUCCAUCUGCGACUCUAUUGAGAUGCCAGACGGAUCCCGAGCCAGAUCCUGCAGGUGUGAACAUAACACUGCUGGUCGUGAAUGUGAGAAAUGUCUGGAUUUCUACAAUGAUGCUCCCUGGGGCAGAGGUUCCCCUAACAAUGUUCACGAGUGCAAGGCUUGCAACUGCAAUGGCUUCUCAAACAAGUGCUACUUCGACAAGGAGUUGUACGAGCGUACUGGCCAUGGUGGUCACUGUAUGGACUGUGCCGAGAACAGAGAUGGCGCCAACUGUGAGAGAUGUAAAGAGAAUUACUUCCAGGGCGCAGAAGACAUCUGUAUGCCGUGUAACUGCAAUCCUACUGGUUCUCGCAGCCUUCAAUGUAACUCCGAGGGCAAAUGUCAAUGCAAGCCAGGCGUGACUGGUGACAAGUGUGACGUAUGCGCAGCGAACCACUUCGACUUCACUACUCAAGGCUGCAAGCCGUGCGGGUGUAACGAGUCCGGAUCCUACGCAAACACGCCACAAUGUGAUCCUCAAACUGGCAUCUGUCUCUGCAAGCAAAAUGUCGAAGGAAAACAAUGCAGAGAAUGUAAACCUGGUUUCUUCAACUUGGAUUUAGUGAAUGAGUUCGGAUGCACUCCUUGCUUCUGUUUUGGCCACUCUUCUCAAUGCAGUUCGGCACCAAAAUAUCAGGCCAAUGAAAUCACAGCCCAUUUCAUAAGAGAUGCAGAGAAGUGGGGAGCAGAAGAUGAUCAGAGGAAACCGGCACCAUUACAGUUUAAUGCCAAUACACAGAAUAUAGCGGUGAAGUCGAAAGGAUCGGAAAUAAUAUACUUUGUGGCUUCAAACCUAUUUCUUGGCGACCAGAGACCUUCUUACAAUCACGAUCUUAAAUUCAGUCUGCGGCUUGGUGAGAGUAGAGGCUAUCCUUCUUCUCAGGAUAUAGUCCUCGAAGGAUCCCGGGCUUCCGUAUCCAUGAACAUUUAUGGUCAAAACAAUCCGGAACCCACUGAUCAGAUCCAAGAAUACACUUUCCGUCUCCACGAAGAUUCUCGAUACGGAUGGACACCUACACUCUCUAAUUUCGAAUUUAUGUCAAUACUACAAAAUCUAACUGCUAUUAAGAUAAGAGGAACGUACAAUAAAGGCGGAGAAGGUUACAUGAUGAGUUUUAAUCUUGAUACUGCUAAUAUCGGACGGGAGAAAGGUUCGGCGCCUGCCAAUUGGGUGGAGAAGUGUUCGUGUCCUAAAGCAUACGUAGGAGAUUAUUGCGAAGAAUGUGCUCCAGGAUUCAAACACGAACCUGCUAAUGGUGGACCAUACUCGACUUGUAUUCCUUGCGAUUGUAAUGGGCAUGCGCACAUCUGUGAUACAGCCACAGGAUUUUGUAUUUGCAAACAUAACACAACUGGUAGCAACUGCGAGCUUUGUGCAAAAGGGUUCUAUGGUAACGCCAUAGCGGGAACUGCGGACGAUUGUAAACCUUGCCCAUGUCCUAAAGAUAGUGGUUGUAUUCAGCUGAUGGACCAAAGCAUUGUUUGCACAGACUGUCCUUUGGGAUAUGCAGGACCAAAGUGCGAAGUAUGCGCGGAUGGCUUCUUCGGUGAUCCCACGGGACAAUUUGGUCCUGCGAAACCUUGUGAAGAGUGUCAAUGUAACGGAAAUGUGGACUCUAAUGCUGUUGGCAACUGUAAUAGAACUACCGGAGAGUGUUUGAAGUGUAUUUACAACACUGCUGGUGAACACUGCGAUAAAUGUUUGAGUGGUUUCUACGGUGAUGCUCUUGAUCAAACUAAGAAAGGUGAUUGCAAACCUUGCCAGUGCCAUGAAGCUGGAACUCUUGAAAGCGCAGAAGGUCCACCGCAAUGCGACGGACUCACUGGCUUUUGUUCUUGCAGGGCGCAUGUUAUUGGCAAAAAUUGUGAUAAAUGCGAGGAUGGUUACUACAACAUUGAUUCUGGAGAGGGCUGCAUUCCUUGCCAGUGCAAUCUUGAAGGUUCCUAUAACACAACGUGCAAUGCAGUUUCUGGACAAUGUUAUUGUAAACCGGGUAUUGAUGGCAAACAUUGCGACCGUUGCCGUGCAUAUCAUUAUGGAUUCUCGGUGGAGGGGUGCCUAGACUGCGACUGUGAUGAGUGGGGCUCUACCAACUACCAAUGUGACGUCAGCGGUCAAUGCUCUUGCCAAGAGAACGUUGAAGGACGUAGAUGUGACCGGUGCAUGGAAAACAAGAAACGGAGAGCUGAUGGACAGGGUUGUGAGGAUUGUCCGCCAUGCUACAACCUAGUGCUAGACGCGGUCAAUGACCAUCGACGCAAAUUAAAGGAAUUAGAUGAAAUUCUAGCUAAAAUUUCCAAAGCGCCAACAGUAGUCGAGAAUGCCGACUUCGAUCAAGAACUCCAACGGGUUAGGGCUGAAAUAGAGAGAUUAGUACAAGAAGCGCAGGCUGAACUAGGUAACGGUCCUGGGUCUAGCUUGACCAACAAUCUAGCUGAACUGGCAAAUAGACUUGCCGACAUCAGAGAUAUGCUAUACAAAAUAGAGGACGCUAGUUACGAAGGCAAUGAAUCUGUUGAAAGAAGCAAAGGCAAUGUAUCUAAAGCUGAAGAUACUAUCGAAGCCGCGCAGAAGGAGAUAAAUAGUGCAUUAGAAUAUCUUGAUGGCGAAGGCGCGGCAGCGUUAGCCAAAGCCCGCAACAGAUCUGAUCAAUUCGGCAAACAAUCCGUUGAUAUGUCAGCUCUGGCAAAGGAAUCUCGUCUUCUGGCCGAGAAACUAGAAAAUGAAGCAAGGAAUAUUAGAGAUAUAGCUGAAAAAGCGUACAAUACCUCCUUGUUAGCAAACAAGAUUGCUAAAGAUGGUAUUAAUAAACAGGCAAAUAUAAGUAAUGAAGUUCAAAUUCUUGCCAACGAAUUGAAUGCUGCGUCAGGAAAAUUAAGCAGUAUGAUGGAACUAGCUGACCAAGCACUGACAAGAGCUAAAUCUGUUUACGACGAUGCUUUGGGAUUGUACGCGGAAGUGAAUACAACAUUAUUGCCAGAUAUUAAACUCAACAAACUUCGACAUGAUUCAAAUGAUAUGAACAGAACAAUAGAUGAAAAAGCUGCUAUGCUUGAAGAGUUGAUGAACAGUAAUGAGGAUACUCUUAAAAAUCUAGACGAGGCGAUUCUCAAAGGUAGAGAUUUGUUAGAACAAGGUAAUGAGAGGCAAGAAGAACUUAACGAUCUCUUAGCAAAACUUGAUGUACUACAAGCACAAGCUAAAAAAGAUGUUGAACUCACCAAAGCUACGCUUAAGGAGGCUAACGAAAUUUAUAAAACACUCAAAGAGUUCAGCGAUCAGGUAGCGGAAUCCCGGCGACUGGCCGACCAAGCUGCCUUAGAUGUUCCACCGAUCCAAGCAAAAGUCGCAGCAGCUGAUGAGAGUAUUUCAAGUAUUAUUGAAGAGCUGAAUAACGCAAGUGAUAAAGCUAAAGAGGCUAGAGAUCUAGCACAAAAAGCACAAAAGGAAUACGCUGAUAAAGCUUCAGAGGCAGCGCACGAGAUAAGAAAGAAAGCGUCCGCCUCUAGGGUUGAAGCUGGCAAGCUUAGAGAUGAAGCUGAUAAAUUAUCAACACGUGUCAAGGGUACUGCGAAGGACAUAGAAGAUCGUGAGACCGAAGCUAAAGAAAAUCUGGAAUUAACUCGCAACGCUAAGAUGAAGGUUGGGCAAGCUAAUACUGACGCUAGAGAGGCGGAGAAACAAGUGUCAAAAGGUCUAGAGGAUUUGAAGGUUAUCAUGGAGGAAUUGCAGAAUCUUCCAACGUUGGACGACAAUGCGCUUAAUAGGCUUCAGAACAGUCUUGAUGCAGCAGAAAAGGCAUUGCUUAAAGUGGACUUGGACGGCAAAAUAAAAACAUUAACAGAAGCUAAAAAUAAUCACCAAAGAUGGAUUAAGCAAUAUCAAGACGAGCACGAUCAUCUCCGCGGUGAAGUGGACAAUGUUAAGGCUAUACUCAAUCAACUGCCAGCGGGUUGCUUCAAGCGGAUCGUUUUGGAACCCACCGAAGGUCCCAGUAAACCGGCAAGCUUUAGAUAGACGUAUAUAAUUAUAGCUUAGAAGCCAUAGCAACCUUCGUUAGAAAGAAUAAAUACACUAAAUGAAUCUAGAUUGAGACUAUAUUAAUUUCUAAGUUAUGUUACUUUUAAAAUCCUCCAAACGAUUAUUCUACAAAUUAAUACGAUUUAUAAUCAUUAGGUUUUGUUGUUAUAAUAAUAAAAAUGUACUUUAUUUUGCAAAAUUGUCAAAAUGAAAUUAUAUCGAAUCAUUAUUGUUAAUGUAUGUCUUUUUGUCUACUGACUUGAGAUCAAGUGAAACACAAUGAUCCUAACAUAUUGCAUGAUAUCCAAUUGAAUGAUAUAAUAAAUGUAUUUAACCGUGUGUUCACAUUACUAAAACAUUUUCAUAAAACAUGUUACGAUCAGUCUUUUUAGUACUUGUAGAGUUCGUAACGUGCUUCAUGAAAAGUUACAGUAGUUUUAUUAUCACUAACUCACGCUAGUUAUGGAAAAUAAUUAAUUAAUAUUAAUUAAUGUCAUUAGACAUGAACUGUCGUAUUUUAUUUGUAGAAAUUGCUUACACAAAACCUUAUGCUAUUGUCAAUGUUAGUAAUGAAAUGCCUUAAUAUGCCUUACGUAAUAUAAUUUAUAAUAUAUAUAAAUCAAAUGGUAGUUAAGGUAAAAAAUGUGUUUUUUUACAAUCUAUAAACACAAUGUGUUUUUAUUUCUAUGCCAUAAAACGUUUUUGUAAUAUUACACCUAAUUUACUAUUAUAAUAUGUUAAGACGUGUUAAAAAACGUAUGCAACUGAAAAGAAUUUUUCGUAAAAUAUUUUUUUUUUAUUAAUUAAAAACAGUUUUUAUGUACUUACAAUGCUGCAUUUAUACGCUUGCAUUUAUUGUACUUUUUAAUUCUUAGCAGACUAAAGUUUUAUGAUUUACUAAGUUUAUUUUCAUUCAUUAUAAUUAAUUACAUCACAUAUAUAAUGUGCCAUAUUUUCUGUUUCUGAUUUGUAAAUAUAAACAACUAACACUGUUAAGUAAUAUACUAUAACUAUAUAUUUUUUAUAACUUUCGUAAUAUCUUUCAAAAAUAUUUCUUAUACAUCAAUCUCGCCAAAGACAUACGAAGGUAAAAAUUACAUUAGAUUUUUACGGUCCUAUAAUUAUUUUUAUAUAUUUCUUUACACUAUACUGAUACUGUAUUAAUAUAAAUGUAAUGUAGCUUAUUUAUUCGUAAUACAAAACACAAGAAUAA